AGUCGAGUCGCAGUCGAUCAGUUGUCAACCGAUUGUCAAAAGGUGACAGUCGCAGUCAUGGCCGAGUUGAUUGCGGUGCCGUUAAAGAAGUCCGCGGACGUAGAACUAGUAAAACCACUGCGGAAUCUGCUGCAAAACACCUAUGAGGGCGCGGAGGACUGCACGGACUCGCUGACGGAGCUGGCGCGGCUGCGCUCCGACGCGAUAUGGAAGGUGUACGACAGGGCCUCGCUCGACGUUCUCUACAGCUACUACGAUCAGCUGGCGUCGCUGGAGGAGAAGGUGCCGCCGCAGGAGGUGCAGAUCCCCUUCAAGUGGAAGGAUGCCUUUGACCGGGGAUCUCUCUUCGGAGGAAGGAUUAGUCUUACUGUGAGCUCGCUGGCUUAUGAGCAUGUGUGCAUCCUGUUCAACAUCGCAGCCCUGCAGAGCGUGCUGGCCUCCCAGCAGCCACUCGACACUGAGGACUCGCUCAAGCUUGCCACCAAGCUGCUGCAGCAAGCGGCGGGCGUGUUCUCACAUUUGAAGGCAACCGUGAUGGGUGCCGUCCACCAGGAGCCUACUCCCGAUCUUCAGCCCGACACGCUACAAGCCCUCGCUUCGCUCAUGCUCGCUCAGGCGCAGGAGGUCAUCGCUUACAAGUGCAUCCGAGACGAGAUGAAAGAGGGCAUGGUGGCGCGAGUCUGUUCGCAAUGCGAAGAGCUAUACACAGACGCACUUCGCAUGAUCAACCGGGAGCCGCAACGGGCGCUUUUUGACCGCGAGUGGUCCGCCAUUAUAACAGCAAAACAGAUGGCGUUCCGCGGCCUGACCCAACUCUUCCAGGGCAUGGUCUGCCGCACCAACAAAGCAGUAGGCGAGGAGAUAUCUCGUCUCCAGGUGGCCGUGGAACAAUUUAAAGGAGCCCUGGGCAGGCUGCCGCAGGCGCCAUUACUGUCUGAACAGCUCACGAAAGCCAUGAGAUUCCUCGCCGAAGCCACAAAAGACAACGACUUCAUCUACCACGAGCGCAUCCCGGACGCGCGUCAGCUGGAGCCCGUCCCCCGCGCCGCCGUGGCCAAGGCGCUCCCUCCCCCCGCGCGCUGGGGCCCCGCGCCCCCCGCGGGCCGCGCCCUGUUCGCGGCGCUGCUGCCCGCCGCCGCGCACCGCGCGCUGCAGGCCGCCGCCGCCAAGAGAUCGGAGGCCGUCAAUGCUGAGGUGAACAAGCUCCGCGAAGCCACCCAGCUCCUCAACAGCAUCCUCGCCUCCCUGAACCUCCCCGCCUGCGUCGAGGAACAAGACUCGGGAGAACUCCCCGAGUCUAUCCGGAGCAAGGCGGCCGCCGUGCGUACGGCCGGCGGCCCGGGGGCUUUACGAGCUCUGAUGGAGGAGUUACCGCAAUUGUUGCAGCGAAACAGGGACAUACUAGACGAGGCGGAGCGCAUGCUACGCGAAGAAGAAGAAGCGGACGCGGCGCUCCGCAACCAGUUCGGCGCGCGCUGGGGCCGCACGCCCUCGCCGCAGCUCACCGAGGCCUUCCGCGCCAACGCGGCCAAGUACAGGCAAAUCAUCGACAACGCUGUGCGAGCCGACGCCAUAGUGCAGCAGAAGUUCGCUCAACACAAGGAGGAUAUCGAGCUCCUCGGGCGCAGCGACGGCGAGAUCACCGCCGGCGUGCCCGAGGCUGCGGGGGGCGCGGCCGGCGCGGGGGGCGGGGGCGCCGGCGCCGGCGCCGGCUCGGCGGCCGCGGAGCUGAGGGCGCUCCUGGCGAGGGUGGAGACGCUGAAGAGGGAGCGGGACAGCCUUGAGAACGAACUCAAGGACGUCACUCUCGACCUCAAGGAGCAGUUCCUGUCAGCGCUGACCGCGGACGGCGCGCUGGACGAGCCGGCGCUGACGGCGGGCGCGCUGGGCGCCGCGCUGGCGCCGCUGCAGCGCCGCGCCGCCGCGUUGCAGCAGCAGCAGGACGCGCUAGUGGCUGAGAUCCAGCAAGCCCACGCGCGCUUCGCGGCGGCGGGCGGCGGCGGGGGCUCCCGCGGCGCAGCCCUGGGCCGCCUGUGCGCGGCGCACGACGCCUACGCCGACCUCACCAACAACCUCAAGGAGGGCGUCAAGUUCUACAACGACCUCACGCAGCUGCUAGUGACCUUCCAGAAUAAGAUCUCGGACUUCUGCUUCGCGCGCCGCACUGAGAAGGAGGAGCUGCUCAAGGACCUGACGCAGGACGCCUCGAGGGUGUCGCGCCCCGCGCCCGACCCCCCGCAGGCGCCCGCUCAAGAGCCAGCGUCGGUAGCGCGCAAGGACCCCCCGCCGCGCCCCCCGCCCCCGAGCGCCGCCCCCGCACCCCCCGCCGCCCCCGCCGCCCCCGCGCCCGCCGCCCUGCCCUAUCCUAUGCAACCACAAGGCAUGCCGUUACCCUACGGCGCGGCACCGUACUACUACGCCGCCCCCAUGCCGACCGGCUACAACCCCUACGCCACGCUCCCCUACCCGCACCACGCCCCGCGCAUCCCCACGCAGCCCUACCAGCCCUACCAACACCCCCCGGCCCCGCAAGGGUACCCGCAACCCCCUCCUCACGGCUACAACCCCUAUGGCACACAGUAGAAUCGACUACUGAAUCUAGACCACCUGGAAUGAAGCUGGAAUACUGCGACGGACGGAGCCCGAAUGGUUGACGCAUAUGUUUUUAACCCUUUUCCAGGCAUAGUACUAUUUCCUGACCACAUAUGUACGCGCCAAUAGAAUUUCAACUUUAAUAUUCAGAUUUAAGGCUCAAAUUAGAUUGCACUUUCGGGAAAUGUAACGUCGAUAUGAAUCAUCAAAGCUGCAUUAAUUGGAAAAUAUUAAGAUUUUCUUUGGGAAAUCCUCGUAGCUGGUGCGGCCUGGAAAAGGUAUUGAACACGUAUGAAUAAUGCACUCCUACAUGCACGAAACUUUACUAUAUAUUAAAGUUCGGGUUAACACUUCACCCAUGCCACAAUAUAUGUAGCUAAUGGACAUGUGUGGACACUUUAUUAAUUAUAAUUGAUCACUAGCCAAUGACAAUUAUUAAUUGUAAACUCCAAUCGAAAAGUAUGUUACAAAAAUGAUCAUUAAUUAAAAAAAAUUUUACAUUUUGAUUAGCAUUUAAAUAAAUAACGGUUGUCACGUCGUUGGUUAACUAGCACACCUUCCUUGCAAAAGUUUCGUUAGCACUCAACCUUCUAAGGCCCAAAGUCCUACCUAUUACCUCUUCAGUUCGAUGAAAUUUAAAUGAUAUUCAAUUGGAACAGAGUCGCUUUUGUAUGUUCCGUUCAAUUUUACAACAUCGCAAAAAUCAACUAUAAUUCCUACAAUAUAGAAUAUUGUCUUCGGUUACCGCGAUAGUUACUCAUGAAAUAAAACUGUGAAAACGGAUUAUAUCGCGUAUAUUGAAUUUAUAAUACAUCCCGACGUUUCGAACCCUUUACAGCGUUCGUGGUCAACGGGUGAUUGAGGAAAUACAAAAAAAAAGUUUUAGUUAUAUUCCUACAAUAUAGGUUAAAAUUUCAAUGGCAAAUUUUGGAUUUUUUUAUUUGUAUGGCUGGGCCUUAGGAGGAUAGAAUGGCGUGAUAUUAGAACAACGUAACCCGUGCGUGACGUGAGAGGAAAAUAUACAAAUUAUGCAUUUUAGAUAUGUUCCCUCGACAUUCAGGAAAAAUAAAAAAACUAUUUCUAAUGUGAAGUAGGGCGUUCGCUCGAGAUCUUAGGUCUUAAGAGGCCGGUGUCGAUUUUAGUCGCAAAAACGUAAAAUUGAUAGAUUUAAUCGAUGAAAUUGUACACCUUUUGUUACCUAAUUGAAAUAACAAGUACUGGUUUCUAUUAGCACGUCUUCUUAUCUUACCUUUUAUCAGAUCAAUUUUUUGAAAACAGACUCGCUAAAUUAGUAAUGUUUGCUUUUCUGAUGGACGUUUAGGUAAACGCGCGUAAAGCAUUGAUUUUGUCGCUCUUAUUUGUAAAUUUCGUAAAGUGUGGACGGCUAAACAUGGUAAUUUUGUAUUACACAUAUUUUGUACUUGACGUUUAUCAACCUACGUUUUUAUUAUUAUGACUUUGAAGUAGUGUAAAUGAAAGUUAGACGAAAUCAAUUUUCUCCAGAAAUUACUUCAAAACAAGUGACAAUUUCUCUGAAAAUCGACUUAAUUUCAACGUAAUUUUGAUACUUAAACAAUCUACAACAUUUGCUGAAACUAUUCUUAUACAUCAAUUUGUAUAAUUUACCACCAUAAAUUUUUGAUGAAUUUUUAAAAACUGCCCCUUCUUUUCAUAUAAUACCGGUGACGCACGCUCGCGACCUCAUUAUUAAAAGGCAAGAUGAGAAGACGUGCUAAUAGAAACCAAUACUUGUUAUUUAGAUAUUACGUAACAAAACGUGUAUAAUUUCAACGACUAAAUCUAUCAAUUUUAAAUUUUUGCUCCAAAAUCGACUACGGCCUCUUAAUAAGUAACGUAUAUUUAUACGAUACGAGUAGUAUUAGUUGUAAGGAUUCGGUGCAAGGUUGUUACUAAUGUUGGAUUUAUAACUGUUGAUACGCUUGUAGCAGGUUCAAGCCGGAAUUAUACUAACACAAAAAAAAAAACAUUUUAAUUUAGUUUUGGAUACGAGUUGAACUCGCAUUGUUAUAUAACACUAAGAAAAUAUCCUUAUUUUAUGUAUCCAAAUGAUGAACCCCAUACUGUAGCCCCUCGGGAAAACCUCGGUAGGGAGCUCAUUCCACAGCCGAAGCGUACGCGGGAGGAAAUUCCUCUUAAACCGCACAGUACGCGACCAUUUAGGUGCUAGGGUGUGAGGAUGAACACCCUGCCGAUGGCGAGCGGUGCGGUGGUAGAAAGCGGCCGUUGGCAUCAUGUCAAACAAUUAGCUCCAUGCAUGAAUUUAUUUUUAUUUUUGGAUUCAUAAUUUAUAUCGUUGGAACACCGGAAAUGAUAAAAAUACUUUUGUAAACCUUAACAUUAUUUUAUUAAAAAAUAUUUAAAAUGUUGAAAAUUUUUGAGCGGUUGAAACGCUCAUAAUUUUUGGCGCGAAUUCGACAGACCGUGAUGACGUCACAUGUUGGGCGGCCCAACUGACGUUUGCUACUAAUGACACUAAUCUGUCAAACGCGUGACGUCACGUGGCGUUUCGAGCGUUUCGCUCACUAGCUUUUCGCGGGCAAAUUUUUGUACUUUUUAUUUAUAACUAAGUAAUUAAAUGGUAAUUUAAAAACGGAAAUGCAUUUGUAACAUGAUAUAACGGUAACAAACAUCCGAAUAAAACAUAUUUCGUUCAAAUAUAAACUUCAUGCAUGAGGCUAAUUCUAAUCUAUCCAUUUAAAGAUGAACACACGAAUACUAACUUUAUUACGUAUGGCACAGAGUUAAUUUUUGAUUUGUAAAUGCAUACAUAUGUAUAAUAAAAUAAAAGAUUUGUUAAAUAAUAUUUAAUUACGUUUUAUUUUUUGCUCCUUGCACUACCUGCGGAACCAAAUGAGUCUAAUUGUCACAAUUGUCAAUAAUAUGUAUUAAUUGUAUUUUUAUAAUGUCGGCUGUUGAUAUGUUGUUUUUAUUAUAAUAUUAUUGUAUUAACUAAGUCUGUGAUCACCGACUGAUGCUCCAAACGCAUUUACGAUAAAAAUAUGUAUACACUAUUACAUCAAUUAAUAUUUUAGUCAUUUUCAUCUUUUAGUGAAGGCAUUUUGUUUAAUCCAGCGGUUCUCACACUUUUGGCGACGGAACCCUUUUGGAAAGCAAAAUAUUUGACGGAACCCUAAAAAAAAAAAAAUCGUUUGACAAAUUAACUGUGGACUAGAGAUAUGAGAGCUGGUUAUUGAUUUGUUUUCGCUUUUUCUCUCGGAGCCCCCACAGAGGCUGCGGAGCCCUAGGGGUCCGUAGAGCACACUGAGAAUGGCUGGUUUAAUCCUUUUGAUUAAAGCAAUGUAUUUUUCUUUAAGAAAUAAAUGGAUCUGAAUCUAUUACAACUCAAAUAAUGUAUACAUAUCUUUGACGUGGACUUUACACAUUAAAUAAAUACAUACAAAUAUCGUGAAUUUAAAGCGGCAAUUGGAUUCUUAUACGAUUUAUAACUAUAAAAAUAUGAAUCUCCUUGUACCUAUCUUUUGUAUCACGAUUUCUGGUUAAAUUUAACUCCAUUAUUUACAGUCGCCAUCAGAUAUAUCGGAGCGGCCAAGGUGCUCACAAAUAUCUGAACACGCCUCUAUUGUCAAGGCGCUAGGUGCGUGUUCAGAUAUUUUUGAGCACCUCGGCCGCUCCGAUAUAUCUGACGGCGACUGUACAUUUAUGUUUGUCAGGUCACUUCGGUAGGUGCUUUUAGUGCGAGAAGGAUUUUAUUAGGAUAAAAUAUAAUCAAAUUUAAUAAUACUGCAUGUGAAAUCACAUCAUUUAUAAUAAUUUCCGAUGAAGUUACUUGUAAACUUGUAGUAAAUAAAUAUUUUUUAUUGAA